UGAUGAGCACAUCCUCUCAACCUGCGAAAUUAAGAGAAACCAUUUUUCAACCCUGAAGUUUGUUGGUUUAAGGGUCUAACACUGACUCGUGGCACCAAAUUGAUCAUUCAAUUGGACCCAGUAUACAUUGGCUCUCAUCCAGAUAAAACCAUUCCUUUCUAUCUCAACAAAUUUUGAUUUCCCGCAAUCAAAAUCCGCCAUGUCUUCAGCGUCGCAGGUGUCUUGCAUCAUCAGCUGCCCUAAUCUUCAACACAAGAAAAACUUGUCAUUUUCGCGCCAAAUCCUUAGUUUCAGUAAUUCAAUCUCUUCAAUAUCCCCAACAAUUCACCGUUUACCCAAAAAAUCCUUACGUAUAAAUCAUAUCUCCAUUAUCAAAUGUUCUGCCUCUAAUAAGCCCGAAAUCAGUUCUAUAGCAAAAAUAAGGAGUGAAGUUUUAUCUCCAUUCCGGUCAGUCAGAAUGUUCUUUUAUCUUGCUUUUAUUGCCAGUGCAUCAUUAGGUGGAUUAAUUGCGACAACACAAUUGAUCGGAACUUUAUCACGAUCCGGUAACGUAGAAGAGAUUUUAAAAGGAUUAGGUAUUGAUAUCGGAGCAGUAGUUAUAUUUGGAUUUCUUUAUUCAAGAGAUAAUAAAUCAAGAAAUGCACAAUUAGCUAGACUUUCUAGAGAAGAAAGUUUAGCUAAUCUUAAACUUAGGGUUGAUGAGAAAAGAGUUAUUCCAAUCUCUUCUUUAAGAGGAUUUGCUAGGAUUGUUAUACUUGCUGGACCUAUUGAGUAUAUUAUGGAAUCGUUUAAUAGGAGUAAAUCGUCUACGGAGGCUCUUGUUGAGAGAGGGGUUUUAGUAGUUCCAUUUCCGACAGAUGGGAGUUUGCCUCAAUUUGAGUUUGAUGAUGAAGUUGACUUGAAGACAAGAAAAAGACUUUGGCAAUUAGUUCCUCUUCUUACUUCUGAAUGGUCGAGUUGGUUAGAUGAACAGAAGAAAAUGGCUAAUGUUUCACCGGAUUCUCCUGUUUACAUCUCUCUACGAAUGGAUGGUCGUGUACGUGGAAGCGGUGUUGGUUACCCUCCAUGGAAUGCUUUUGUUGCUCAGUUACCAGUAGUGAAAGGUAUGUGGGGAGGUGUACUAGAUGGAAUGGAUGGAAGAGUUUAAAGUUUCUUCUGUGUUACUCUAUGAACAAAGGUUAGUGUCCUUCCUUAACAUCAGUGUCAUAUUCUCUUUGUCGCCCGUCUCUAGCUCAUAGCUAGCAAUCCACUACAACUUUAUUAAGCUUGAUUUGUUGCUUAGUAUCAUUAUAACUCUGAAUUAAACCUCCAUCGAUAACAUAGCAAAACAUUCUAAAAGUCCUUCCCGAGAUUGACAAACCAUUCUAUUGUGGAAUCUGUUCACUCAUUGUUGAGAAAGUCAUCAAACUCUAAAGGCUUGAACAAUCAGAGGCAAGUCGCUUAUACCCAAUCCAAGGGUUUGUCAGGUCGAAUAUCUAAGUGACCAAGUCCUUAAGACAAGAAAUACCUCCAUAGUUCUCAGAUAAUACUAUAUAUUCCUCAGUUCUCCGCGAGAUGCUUGAGAUAACCCAGAUACUGGAGACUACCUGCCUUGGAACCCUUAAGGUACAGCGGUCUGUGCCACUAUCUAAGUGGAAAGAAAGAAUAUGUGAAGUUGUAGAGAAUAAAUAAUUGUGGUGUCCUCAUAUGUUAAUUUGAAGAAAGGGUACAUGUUCUGCAAUACUCGGACGGAUCAGCUGUUGCCAAUCACUCUGGCCGUAUCUAUGUAUCUUGUUUUUUGUUUUCAAGUCCUGAGUCUUUUCUACCGAUGUGCUGGUAAUUGGCUCUUCAUUUCAGAUAAAACAUAAUAAUCUUUGAAUGAAACCUGGAACCCUUGCAAUGAAGAUUAAUCUCUAAAUGGUGGUGGUUGUUUUGAAUGGGUCAAUGAUUCUCAUAUAGUGACACCACCGAAAAUUGUAAAAUUUAUAUCAUGUGAAGGUACACUACUUUUUCUUACCUUUCA